UGAUACUAGUAACCUACCAGCUGAGAAUGCUCCUCCUCCUUCUUAUACUUCAUUUUCCAAAGCUUCAGACCGUCCCCCUCCUCCUAUGCCCAAACAAGCUCCUGCUAUGCCCCCACGCCCACAAGAGGCUGACAUAUUCUCGUUUCGUAACGAGCCACCACCUCCAACGUUUGAUGACGUUUUUGAUCCACAGACAGAGGCUAUGUCUGAAUGGGGUGCUCUUGAGUCAGAGCUGGAUGCAAUAGGAGCACCAACAACAACAGCAACAUCUGCUCCUGCUCCAGCUCCUACUGCUCAGUCAGAGUACAUGAUAAUACCACCACCAGUACCAACAGGAGGAGCAGGUACCUGCCCCCAGCCGAGGGUACAACCCCCUUCCCCCUCUUACCCUCCCCCUCCAGCCAACCCUCCUCCCUCCUUUAGUGGGUUUGAUGAUUUAUCUGAUGUCUUCUCAGGCAGCAGAGCUCUUACUAGUCUGUACGAGAAUCAGCCUCAAGCCCCUCCCACAUUUGCCCCGCCCCCAUAACCAAACUCGUUCGGUAUGGUCGGCCAGCCCCCCUCCCCCUAAUUCCCCACCCCUCCUGUACAAGAACCCUCCAUUACGAUGGAUCUUAUGGACGUCGCUAUAUGUAGCCCACAGCAAAACACAACCACUACUUACCUGAUAGGUAUGGAGAUGAGAAUGUCUGGUUUGGGAAUGGACCUCCUACCGGGUACGGAACGGGGCAGUUUUAAUUUGGAGGGGGCAUGGGUGGAUUUCCUGGCGGCCCUCAGCCCCCCCGUCUUGGAUAUUUUCAGUGUACUGGUUGACCCCCUACUAGACAGCAAUUUCUCUCAGCCACUCCUACCCAAUAACUCCUAGUAAUGUCAGGACUAGCGUCAUAUUGUAAAUCCGGCUUAAAACAUCAUACAUGUACUUAUACACUAAUACAUGUACAUGUACACUUAUAUACAUGUACAGUAACAUACAUUUGCUUAACUAUAAUGCAUUAUUGACAAUUGACUUAUUGUAAUUAUUAUUAUUAUUGUUGUUCUUGUUGCUGCAGAUUUUGUUGAUAGGGUGUACUUUUGCUAUUUUUUAAUUUUAAAAUUGCAAAAACAAAAUUUGAUGUCUUCACAUCCGGUUUAGUUAUUAAGUGUUUAU